AAUGAAAGCAAUGGGAUGGCCGAAGAGCUUCCCGCGAGGAGCCACCAUGUGUGGUAUAGUGCGCAAAAGCCGGGCAGAUGGGAGUCGUUUGAAUGUGGACUCCCGUGUGAGUUUGGAUGCCGCCUUUUCGGGCAGGAACUCCAGGCGGCUUGCAGAGCCCGCGCUGCUUUUUGGGGGAAGUGGUCGCAGGGAUUUGGGGUUUGCCUAACGUCGGGGGGGCGCGUCCAGGAGACGUUUCGUAGAGAAAGGAUGGCGGUUGGGAAAGUGGCCGGAGUUGAGCGUGCGAGGCAGCGUUCACACGUACGCAGCUGUUUGGCUGCGGGGUUCAGUGGGAGAGAGUGAGGCACAUCGUGAGGAGAAAUGAGAUUGGGAGCGUAGAACCGGGAACUGCUUAUCAGUAAGAAGAAAAAAAAACCCGAGCCCUGUCAGUGCUUUUGGCAGCAGGUGCCUGUAUGAAUGGCCGCUCACGUAUAUGUGGCAAAAAAAAAGAAAUCUCCGAGGGGACUAUAUUUUUGCCAAAGCGGAGGGAUACCGUGUGGGCGCUUUUUCUUUAAUUUGGCGGGAUGGGAAGUGGACUUUUUUUUUCUUUUGGCUUUUCACCAACGGCUGCCUUCGCUCAUUCUACCUCAUUCCUUCGUACGGCGGGAGGAACAUGAGUGAAUGGAACAGCCGCGGAGGGGAGGCGCACGUGCGUGGUAAGGCAAAAGCAAAAGGAAUGAAUGAGGGAGACAGCAGCGGGAGGGGAGGGAGCUCCUGAGAAGAGCUGAUGAUGCAAGCAAAGAAGCUCGGCGGUCGGGUAAAAGGAACAGCGCCCCCAUCCAGCGGGAGAAGUGAAGGGUGGGAGGUGCGAUUGACAGCUACUGAAAGGAACAGCCACUGAACGUUCCAGUCCCAGCAGAGGGAGGCACUCUGGAAGAGCUUGGCCCUGGAAGCCAGAGUGGAGGUUGCAGUCGCCACCAGCUGCAACAGAAGCUAGCCAGCAAGUAGCAGCAAGCAAACCACCGCAGUCCUGGCUGGGAGGGACCUUGGAGCAAGCCGGCAGGCAGGAGCCAGAGGAGGAGGAGGAGGCUGGCUCGAUCCAGAUCCAGACCCAGGCAUCGUGGAAGCAAUGGAUCGGAAGAGGUGGGAGUGCUCAGCUCUCCCGCAGGGAUGGAAAAGGGAAGAAGUGACCAGGAAAUCGGGGCUCUCUGCUGGCAAGAGUGAUGUCUAUUAUUAUAGUCCAAGUGGGAAGAAAUUCCGCAGCAAACCUCAGCUGGCCCGUUACUUGGGUAACUCCAUGGAUCUGAGCACGUUCGAUUUCCGAACAGGGAAGAUGCUAAUGAGCAAGGUGAACAAAAACCGGCAAAGGAUGCGCUAUGACUGUUCAAGCCAAACCAAGCUCUUCUGGGAAAAGAAACUAAGUGGCUUAAAUGCCUUUGACAUUGCAGAGGAGCUGGUGAAAACAAUGGACCUUCCAAAGGGUUUGCAAGGUGUGGGACCUGGAUGUACUGAUGAGACACUCCUUUCAGCCAUUGCCAGUGCCUUGCAUACCAGCACAAUGCCCAUCACUGGACAGCUUUCUGCUGCUGUUGAGAAAAACCCCGGGGUCUGGCUGAACACUUCUCAGCCUCUCUGCAAAGCCUUCAUGGUGACUGAUGAAGACAUCAGGAAGCAAGAAGAGCUGGUUCAGCAAGUGAGGAAGAGACUAGAGGAAGCCUUGAUGGCCGACAUGCUUGCUCAUGUGGAAGAGAUAGCCAGGGAUGGGGAGACACCUGCAGUAAAGGGUAAUGAAGAAGAGGAAGAGGAGGAGGAAGAUGGUGAUCGUGUACAGGAGAUGGAGAAUGUAUAGUCCAGGGUGUUUUUUUUUCAAGACCUAGCCUGCACUUGGUCAACACAGAGGCAAGUGCAUCUUCAGAAUGCUGUGCACUAACUGUAUCUGCGUGUGUGAACGUGUUUGGCUUCAGUUCACAAGAAGCUGAAGGGACCAGUCAGACUGAGUAGUUUGAAGAAGAAUUUGCUGAGCUCAGUUUUUUCUUUUCUCUGCCCCCUCAUUUUUCUCUUAAAAAGUAUCACAGGGCAAUAGAGGAAUCAAAGUUAUUCACGAACUGUGAGCAUAAUCCCUUUGUCUCAUUUCCAGUCUAACAGUUGAAACAGGUUUCCCAAGUCUCUUUUCUAAUAGUGUCUGUACAUGCCCUAAACGAAUUGGCUUAGCCCAGAGAUGCCAGGAAGAAACUCUUUUUAAGUUUUCUCUACAUAUUUGAAGUCCCAAAUAACAAAAUAAUUUUCGUGGCAUAGGUAAACUAUUCCACUUGUAAAAUCUUGCUGUGGGAUCAUUUUCUUCUCUGAUUGUUUAAUUUAUUUGCUUUAAAAAAAACACCUCCCAUCAACAGAACGUGCCUUUCCAUGUGGACUGGGAAACUGAUCGCCCAAAGGUAUACAGAUCCACGUUUUGAUCAAAAAUCCCCUUCUUCUGCAUGAAUAUAAUAUGACAUAGAACUAUAAUUCAUGCAGGGCUUUAUGAGCACAAACCAUUGUGGAAAGAAUAUUAGAUGAGGACAAUAAUUACCCGAUCAGAGAAAGUGUAACCAAACGGUGCUGUGUGAACUUUUUGCAACUAUUUGAAAGAAAGGAUUACUUAGUGCUAUUGAUCUCCUCUUGUUUUAUGAUUGAAUUGGUUGCUUUGGGGUGGGGGAUGCCUUUGUCUCAUAUAAUUAAAUGCUUUUCAGAAGUAGUAAUAUUAGAUUGCUAACAUAGUUGAGGGGAAGCAAAUAAAACAGGCCAGUUGUGAAUGACACAGAAUUUGCCUUAAUUAAUUCCACCUCAGCUGGGAUUGGGUUACUAGAAACAUAAAUAGGAUCUUUGCUCUUGCUCGCUUCCUAAUGCAUACAUUCUCUAAAUAAACUGUCAUCAACAGGAUACUAAAUUUUCAGUGCUGGAUUUUAAAUUUCAGGAUUAGAUGACAGUACAUCUCUUUUUUUUAAAAAAAAAAAGAAAAGCCAGGGCUGAUGGAAACCCUCUUCAUGAAUCCUGGUUAGAUUUUAUGUAUUUUGGAAAUGUGGGGUGUAUCUUCCUUUUUUAAUUCCCAAAGUUAGAAAUGUGAUCUUGGGCCUAAUAGAGCUCUCUUCAUUUUGGAAAUUACAAAAGAAAUUCAGGAUUUUGGUCCAGUAGUCUCUAUUUAACUGUUUUCAUAUUGGUUGAAAUCCAUCAUGUAUAUUUCUCUUCUGCUCUUGCAUGCACAUAAGAGUUAGUCUCUGCUUGGUUUCUUUUCUUUGCUUAUUUGGAGCAAACCUCUCGGCAUAUAAUUCCUAGGAAAUGUCAUAAAUUAUUGCUUUAAGCUUUUUAUGCUGCAAUAUCAUGUUGCGUGCUUAAGUCGUGCUAGGAUGAAGCUGCAACUAGUGCGCAAUUGUAUAAAAGCCCUGUUAAAAAGGAAAUGCAGUCUGGCUGUCUUCACAGUAUCCUCAAGCCAGAUUGAUGCAUUUAUUUCCUUUUUAACCAAUGAUUUGAUAGUGUGGUGUUCCAUUAACAAGAAUUUAGAAAAUUCUUCAAUCCUUUGUCUUUCAAAUACACACUCAUCACCACUGUCGCCACCUUACCACUGAUAUGUACCUUAAUUGUAACAGUAUCUUAAUGUACAGUCUUGUUGGGGAAUAUUAGUUUUGUAAUAAAAUGUUUUUCAUACA